CAUUUACUAGUUCUGUGAAGACCAAUGAGCGUCAUCGAUGAGAUGACAACUCCCUAAAGGUAUGUUGCUCCGGCCGGAUGAGAUGCACCUGCAACAAGACGCACGAGCACAACAUUAAACUCAUCAGCAGAGGUUCAGAGCUCUGUGGGACAAACUGCCGAUUUCUUGCCUUUUAAAAAAAAACGAAAAUUGAACUUUUUUUUUUUUGUCGCAGUACAACAGAACAGCAAUCCUGGGUCCACUCCGUGCUAGCGCAGCAGAGCAGAUGGACCAGGUAUCCAACCGGUCAAUAGUGGGCAGUGAUGAUAUAACAGAUGAGUCAACAUCUGUCAGGUGGAGCUCUGAUGAAGAAGAGAGCUCUGAGCCUCAGGGACAGUGUCUCGCGGCACCUCAAGCUCCUCUACCGACCUACAAACAGAGGUUGGAUGAAUUUAGGAAGUUGUUCAAAGAACUGCCAGAGUCCGAGAGACUCAUAGUGGACUACCCGUGUGCCCUCCAGCGGGACAUCCUCCUUCAGGGACGCCUCUACCUCACAGAGAACUGGCUCUGUUUCUACAGCAAUGUGUUUCGAGGAACGAAGAUUACACUGACUCUUAAAGACCUCAUUACUAUGACCAGAGAGAAAACGGCUCGUCUGAUUCCCAAUGCCAUCCAGGUCUGCACGAGCACUGAGAAGUUCUUCUUCACUUCCUUCUCGGCAAGAGAGAAAAGUUACCAAGGUGUUUUCCGCAUGUGGCAAAACACACUGUUGGACAAGCCUCUGACCAGCUCAGAGUUGUGGCAGAUAAUUAAACAGCAUUAUGGGCAUGACCUGGGCCUGAGCCAUGAAGACAUGGAGCGCUUACAGUUAUCAGCAGAACCAAGCAUGCAGACCAGCCUGACAGCGAGGCCUGGUGGCGAUGAGGGUCUAUGGAGGCUCGAGCGCCCUCCUUCCCUUCGCCUCCCUGGGAUGGAGCAUGGGCCUUUAGAGACCUCCACUCCUCAAGGGGAGGACUUGCCUUCCCCUCUCGGCUCACAGAACUCUCCUAACGCGCAGGAAGACUCUCGCAGCACCCCGUCUCAGCGGCGCAGCCCUGCUCCCUCGCUGGACCGCCUUGCCCCAGAACGGGUUUCCAAGCACUCUUCGCUUUCUCUUGACCUGAACGCCAACAAGAACAAUAUGUCUGAGCAGAGCGGUUCAGAAAGCAUCGAGGAUGUGGAGGAGCGAGUGGGUUUGUCCCAGGUGCAUGGUCGACUUUAUCUAAACAAGGUGUUCCACAUCAGUGCCAGCAAGAUGUUUGAGCUGCUCUUCACAGACUCCAGCUUCAUCCGCAGGUUCAUGAACGUCAGGAAGACAACCAACGCCAGCUUUACUGCUUGGCAAAAAGACGAUGUGGGAAACAUGAAGAGGAGUCUGAACUACACGAUUUCCAUCAGCAACCCUCUGGUUGGCAAGUUCUCCACUGCUACAGAGAACCAGAUACUGUACAAAGAAUCCAGAGAAGGUCAGUAUUACCUCAUGGACUCCGAGGUGUACACUCACGACGUUCCCUAUCACGAUUACUUCUACACUCAAAACCGGUACUACAUUAUAGGUAACUCAAAGCGGAAGUGUCGACUAAGGGUCUAUACCGAUGUGAAAUACAAGAAGCAACCAUGGGGCCUGGUCAAGUCCUUCAUCACCAAAAACUCCUGGAGCGGCAUAGAAGAUUAUUUCAGACAGCUGGAGGCAGAACUGCUGGAGGAGGAAGCGGAGAUGAAUCAAGCAGGUGGAGACUCUGGGAAGAUGGGUGGGCUUCGGAGGAGGAGGCGGACUUAUAGCCGGACUCUGCCAGAGCACAUAAAGCCCAACAAGCAGUACGGGCAAGACCCCGAACAGCACAGAGAUGGCAACAUGGGCCCCAUAGAAAUGAACGGCACGCACAGAUGGAACACCACGACAAUAGUGGCUGGAAUGAGUGUGAUUUUGCUGAUUCUGAUGGUGAUGAAUCUGGGUCUGUUUUUCAAGUUGUGGGCCAUGGAGGAUGUAGUCCACCGCAUGUACCUGAGCACAAAGCAUCGGCUGAAGGAGCAGAGUGAGGCUAGCAGCUUGGCCUCUGAAUAUGGGCCCAAACAGAGACCAUGGUUUAAAGAGGAUGCACAGCUGUUAAAAACUGUACUGCAGGACUCCAUCAACCUUUUAGAUCAGCUCCACAGCUCUCUGGUGGUGCUGCAGCAGAACUUUGCUUUGGCCAAUCGUACAGCAGAACCAUAGUGAUGCUUGACACAUGGCGACUACAGAGGGCCUGUUCCGGGCCUGUGGAGGAACAAAAAAACUGCAGUAGUGAACUGCCUCUGAGGAAAUCCCUGGGAUGCAGUGACGUUGCCAUGAAGAUGUCCCCAGACCCCUGACAUGCCAUGUGUUGCCAGGGGUUACACGUCCCAAAGCCUGUGCCGGGGCAUCAGGUGCUAGGUUUUUUUUUUUAAAGCUGUGUACUGACUGCUGUGAGGACAAAGUUGCAUCAGAGUCAGACGCGCAUCGAGCAGCGGGUUUAGAUUUCUGUAGGGUGCUAUUGUCAGCUCACUUGGUUGGCUUCUUUUUCACUCUUUCCUUUAAUUGGAUUUCAGAGCCUCAUGCCACACCAAGUGAACUAUUGGAAAUACUUUUAUUUUUGUUUUAUUCCAGGGACGUGAAUCAAUAUGAUUUAAAACUAUAUUCUCUAUUUACAUUUUUGCAGAUAUUUUAAUUUUUGCACAAGUGCCUUUUACAUUGACUGUGAUAUAUUUUGGGAUUUUUAUUUUUUUUCAAUAAAGAUUGUAGAAUCAGUGACUCAAAUUUAAAGGUCUGUCCUCCUCUUUUGGAGUCAUGAUAAUCCGUCUUUUUUUUCUACAUGUAAACUGCAGGAGUGACUGCAACAUUAAAUUUACAAAUCGCAAAUAGAAAAAUAACCUGCAUUUUAUAAUAUUGUAUAUGAGCCAAAUCUGGUGUACAGAAGAUACUGCUGAUGUGCCUUGUUUUUUUUUUUUUCAAACCACAUUCAAUACAUAUUUGAUUAAUUUUCCUCAUUCACCUGUACAUGUUUAAUCACAGUUUUAUGUACUUUCUUUUUUUUUUUUUUUUCUACACUGAACCAAGUUUAAAAAUAAUGAUUUGGUGUAUUUUUAAAUAUGUGUGGGGUCAAUGAGACUAUCAGGUUAUCUUGGCACCAUGCUCUCGCACUGUCAACACUAGAUGCAAGUUUGUUCUAUGAUUUCCAAGUUGACAUGAACACUCUUUUUCUUUUUAAUCAAAUUGUUAGUGAUAACACCACUAAUACCGUGAACCUUGUUUGAUGUUUAAAGUGUUUCCAUUAUCCUCGUCUGUGUGCAUAAUUUUGUUCAGCUGUUCUAACUUUAAACCACUUCUGCAAGUGACCACUUGUUUAAACUUGGUUGCUAUUUUGUACAUUUUAAGCCGUACUGCAAUUCACUGUUAAAAUAAACAAGGUUUCUUUCCCGAA